AUGGAAACAGAAGAAGGAUUCCAUAGCGUCUCUAGCAACACUCCUCGACAACUUACCGAAGCUGAAACUAAUAAGUUGCUGCAACAGGACAUUGUCAGUGACUUCAAGCAACGAAAAUUAGAAGCAGAAGCUCAGAAAAACUGGGACAAGUUCUACAAUAGAAAUCGAGAAAAUUUUUUCAAGGAUCGUAAUUGGAGCAGUCGAGAGUUGCAAGAGAUUUGUCAUGACAUGGAUCUAACGAGGCCGCUCGUCUUUCUGGAAGCUGGUUGUGGUGUUGGAAACAUGCUGUUUCCACUCAAAGAAGCCUUUCCGAACUUUAGCAUUCAAGGAUUCGAUUUUUCACCUCGUGCCGUUAAAAUGUGCUCGGAUAGAGCAAAACAAUUAGGGAUUGGAUUAGAGACUGCGCUCGUUGAUCUUUCUAUACCGUCGGAAAAAUCAGAAUUCGAGGAACAGGCCGAUAUUGCGACGCUUAUAUUUGUUCUUUCGGCCAUUCAUCCGGAUAAGCACGCAAACGCUGUGAGGAAUAUGCAUAAAUAUGUCAAAACCGGCGGAUCUGUGAUUGUGAGGGAUUACGGUGCUAACGAUUAUGCAAUGAUCCGUUUCGGACAUGGUGCAAAGCUUGCUGAUCGUUUUUAUGUCAGGCAAGAUGGAACCCGAGCUUUCUACUUCCUGAUAGAAGAGUUGGAGAAACUAUUCGAUGCGGCUAGCUGGAAAUGCGUUCAUAAAGAAUAUCUGCACAGGCAAACGGUCAAUCAUCAGAAGCAACUGAGUGUACCAAGGAUAUUUGUGCAGGCACGAUUUGUAAAACUUUAA